AUGAGCCCACCAUCCGCCCCAGCGGCCGCCAACCGCGAUGCCCCAGAGGCCUAUGCAGGCCCCUCGACGCUUAACACGGCUCGUUGGCGUCCCCUGCCGCGCACAACGUUCCGCUCCAUCGAGUACCCCGGCCCAAUGCAGCGCGCGCACCAAAUCCUCAAAGUUGCAAACCAACAGGACAUUGACGACUGCUUCAACGCCAACGCCCAGGAGCCGCAGUAUCUCGAGAUGAGGUACCGUCCAGAGGAGCGCUCCGGUGUGCCCGUUCGCGGUACUCGCGUUGCGAGCCAAAAAGUUCUCGUCAAGGUGGUGAAGCGUCGCAGGAAGGCUCCCAAUGACGACGAAGAGCUCAACGAGGGUGUCUUCACCGCCGACAUUAUUGGCUCCAUCCCCCAGACCGUUCGCUUCAGGUCCAUGGCCGAUUACCAGUACACGCCGAGCCGCGACGGUCACAUUGCCCAGCUCACCCAGUCGCUCCUUGACCUUGAUUACGACGCCAUCCUUGAUUACAGCGUUCCUCCCCUCCACGAGGAAUACAUUGCCGAAGCCGGCGCGGGCGAGAACGGCACCCCGCCACCCUUCCCUUACUACUCGUUGACCGAGCUGCAGCCAACGCCAGUGAUGAGCCAGCGUCACCUGCCUUUUGUGUGGAACUACAAGAUGAACUCUCAGACAGUCGAGGAACAGGUCUGGGACGAGGAGCAGCAAGAGUACAAGUCUCGUUUCGUCAACAAGUCGCGCGUGUCUGGCUGGGCUGUGCCAGUCAUCGGCCACAACCACCAGGUGCCCACCGAGCCAGAGGCUCCUAUCCGCGAGCGCAUCCCCAAGCUUGAUGCGAGGUUGUACGGUCGCCUUAUUGAGCUCAUGGAACAACGUCCCGUGUGGCAGAGGUAUGCGCUUCUGGCGCAGUUCCCCGACGCAGACCGUUAUGAAAUUGAGAGCAACAAGGUCUACCUCCCGGCUACGGGCUACACCUACGGUGCUGGACCAUUCUGGAAGUGUAUCGUGCGCUACGGAUACGACCCUUGCGCUGAUCGCGACGCGCACAAGUACCAGCGUGUUUAUGUGUAUCUCGAUGUCAAGAGGACAAAGAACAACAUCUUGAACUCGAUGGAUGAUGACGACGACGAGCCCAAGCGCACCCAGAAGUGGUGGGAGGAGGAGCAGGAACGCCGCAUCGAGGAGGGCCUGCGACCACCUAUUGACCCCAAAAAGGUGUACAUCUACGAUGGCCAGGUCAUCCACCGCAACAAGCCAGACUACCAGCUCGUGGACAUUCUCGAUCCGAUCAUCUCAAAGUAUAUCUUUGACCCCAUCAGCCUUGGCGACACUUGCGAGCCUCACAGUGGAUGGUACCGCCCACUCGCGUUUGAGCUCAUCAAGGGUCUUCUGCGUGUGCGCUACGCCCAUUUGCGUGACCAUGGCGAGACGCUCUCGGACGAGGGAUGCGCCGAGAUUGUGGAGACGUAUGAACGCGCCCUGGCGGGCGACGAGGAGACGGAGGCCGCCGAAGCGUUCAUCAGGAGGCUGGCUGCUGGCCGCAAGAAGUAG